UCAUCACACUAUACAGACCGAUACUCAGAUGUCGCUCUCAUCGCUCGCUGUGCCCUCUAGUACCCACAGACGCAGCACCAGCUCGGUUGUAGGGGAAAAAGCAGACUUAGAACGAGAACGAGAAGGAGAAGACUCGACUGUCACCAUGGAACUGAUGACGACACGUUCUCGCACCUCUCUUGUGAACUCGAGCACGGGGAAUGUGAACGAGGAGGUGUCUGCUGAAAUCACCAUGCCGGCUCCCGGCUCACCGAACCUCUUCAAACUGAGAGACAGGACCAUUCUUUCAGAGGAGAAGCGCAGGCUGUGCGGCUGGGCGCUCGGCAUUGCCCUCUCCGGGAUUGUUCUGAUGAUUCUGCAAACCGAACUUUGCUGGUUCGUCUGCGGCAAGGAUUCGGUCUCUGUCUUCAUUAUCAGAUUGCUGAUCAGCCUGUCCACUGUGUGUCUGCUGGGGCUGCUGGUGGCGUUCCACUACAAAGACAUCCAGGUGUUCAUGAUCGAUCAUUCUGUGGAGGACUGGCGCAUCGCCCUCACUUCCUGCCGCGUCUUCUCCAUCUCCCUCGAGCUGGUAGUGUGUGCCCUGCACCCCGUCCCACUGGCCUGGCUCCCGGGGAGUGGAGAGGUGGGGGACGGGGAGGGGUUUAGGAGGACGGGCUGGAACUCCACGCUCCCCACCCCUCCCGCCUGCUCCCUGCCGGUCUGGGAGCUGCUGCUCAGCUCCAUGAUGUUCCUGCGUCUGUACCUGGUGCCUCGCUCCCUGCUGCUUUACAGCAAGAUCCACCAGAGUGCCUCUUACAGGAGCAUCGGCUCCCUCAACAACAUCAACUUCCACUUCCUCUUCGUGCUCAAGCUGCUGAUGAACACCCAGCCCGGCCUCACGCUGCUCGCCUUCAUCGUCUUCCUCUGGCUCACCGCCUCCUGGAUCCUCACUCUCUGCGAGAGGCAGAGUGAAGGUGCUGUGGGCAGCAUGGAAGAUACGGUGUGGCUUGUCGCCAUCACCUUCUUGACGAUCGGAUAUGGAGACCUCACCCCCAAGACCACCUGUGGGAAGACAGUCUGCCUGCUCACCGGAGUCAUGGGAGUGGGAUGCACCGCCAUGCUGGUUGCUGUCGUCUCAAAUAAACUGGUGCUCAACAAGGCUGAGAAGCACGUGCACCAGUUCAUGAUGGACACAAAGGACACCAAGAAGAUCCGCAACGCGGCAGCCAACGUCUUGAGGGAGUGCUGGCUGCUUCACAGGAGCAGCAGAGGCAGGAAACACAGCGGAGAACACAGGAGGGACCAGAGACGACUGCUGAAGGCCAUCCAAGUAUUUCGGAACGCUAGGCUCAGGCAGAGGAAGAAGAUAGAUCAUGGUAAUAAAGUGGUGGACCUCUUAAAGCACCUGCAGAGGAUAACGUGUGAUCUCAGUGUGAACUGGAGCAACUCGUACAAGGAGCUGGAGCAGAGGAUCAACUCCUUGGAGCAGAAGAUGGAUGCGCUGAGAAUAGCCUUCCAUGACAUAUCGCAGCCCCUCUCCAGAGCCGUGCAGCACAGAGCAGAGGACUACAUCCUCACGUAGAGCCCUGCGUGAGGGGCUGGGGCUGGGAGGGUGUCUGUCUCCAGCCACCCGUCUGUCUGCCUGUCUGUCCAACAAGACUCUUGUUGACCAGGAAUAGUUGGACCAGAGCAGCUGUUAUUCUAUUCUCCAAACACCAGGGGGCAGACUACAGCUUGUGAACAGCCACGGGACUCUGUGGUAAAGAAACUCAGGAAGGCCAUGUGCCUUUUUUAACAAGCAAAUCAAAUGAUUUUUUAAAAUCUUUUUUCUUUAAGAACGCAAACUGUGACGUGAACAAUUAGGGUUGAUCUGGGGUGCAUUUCCACGCUAUGACCAGGUCAUCUGGUUGUGUGUUUUCGUGAUCAGGUCACUAG